AUGUACUACCAGCCCGGAAAAACAGAGCACGGUCUGAAAUAUGACCCUUUCAAGGCAUGUGUGGUCCCCCGACCAAUUGGCUGGAUAUCAACGAGAAACAAAGACGGGGUUGACAACCUGGCCCCCUUCUCACAAUUCAACAAUCUCACUUUUGACCCACCAUAUGUAAUGUUCUCCGCGCAACAAAAGUUCACCGGCGACCGCAAAGACAGCGUUGUUAAUGCCGAAAAAACGAAGCAUUUCGUCUGGAAUAUGGCCACCUGGGACUUGCGGGAAGCCGUCAACAUAACCGGCGAAGGUGUCCCCUAUGGUGUCGACGAAUUCGAACGGGCAUCGCAAUACAUCUCCAAGGAACAAGCCACUCUUAUGGAUGUACCCAUGGUAAGGGAAUCACCGGUUAAAUUCGAGUGUGAAUAUCACUCUACCAUCCGACUACCAGGAAAUCCACCCACGGGCACCGUCGAUAUCGUGAUUGGAAAAGUGAUUGCGAUUCAUAUCAAGGAUGAGGUGUUGACUGAUGGGAUCCUGGAUGUCAAGAAGGCUCUGCCAAUUGCUCGCUUGGGUUAUUUCCAAUAUACGGUGGUAAAGGAGACUUUUGAUAUGAUCAUCCCCGGUGCUACUGCGCUUAUGCGAUUGGGCAUGAUGGGGAGUACCGGUGCGAAGCGUGAGCUCCCACUACUUGGUCUGAAGGAUGGGAAGACCGAGCAGAAUGGGCAAACUGAACAGGAUAAAGCAACCAAAGCAUAA